UUUCUCAUUCAUCUUAACACAAUACACCUGCACAUCUCGCCGCUGCCAGACGCAGAAACAUUUCCACGCAUACAGAGUUACCCUCCAUAGUUACCCCUGAUGACGGCCCGUAACCCCAUUUGCUGCUAGGUCACGUAGGCCUCCGUAUUAUAGCAGAGAUACUGUCACGAUGACAGGUGCUGGUCCCAGGAGCAGACAGUCGCAGUAAAACAACUUGCAAGGGUUUGCCUGUGAAGGAUGGAGUUGAUGUGGACUCGCUCGCUCGAUGUUGACGCUGAGUUCAGUAAUUACAGGAGCGUUAGGUAGUGGUGGCGACGGUGUCAUCGCUCAGUUUACUGUGUGCUACAGUGGUGAACCAAGCCGGUGUGUGCUACAGUGGUGAGCCAAGACGGUGUGUGCUACAGUGGUGGGCCAAGCCGGUGUGUGCCACAGUGGUGAGCCAAGCCGGUGUGUGCCACAGUGGUGGGCCAAGCCGGUGUGUGCCACAGUGGUGAGCCAAGUCGGUGUGUGCCACAGUGGUGGGCCAAGCCGGUGUGUGCCACAGUGGUGGGCCAAGCCGGUGUGUGCCACAGUGGUGGGCCAAGCCGGUGUGUGCCACAGUGGUGGGCCAAGCCGGUGUGUGCCACAGUGGUGGGCCAAGCCGGUGUGUGCCACAGUGGUGGGCCAAGCCGGUGUGUGCCACAGUGGUGGGCCAAGCCGGUGUGUGCCACAGUGGUGAGCCAAGCCGGUGUGUGGCACAGUGGUGAGCCAAGCCGGUGUGUGGAGCAGUGUGUGUGUGUGAGCGUGAGGGUCAACGCGGCCCACAUCAAGAUGUGAGUGUGCACUCAACACUUACUGUGGUGGGACCUACUGUGGUGGGACCUACUGUGGUGGGACCUACUCCGUAUCCUACUGCUAGUAUUGACGCACUCACACCUCUCUCUCUCUCCCCACCUCUAAGGUGAAGAUGACGGCCAGGCUGGAGACUCCAGCGGUGGCCUCCACACCUGCUGGGAGGAGAUGGGCGGUGUGGGUGGUGUGGGCGGUGGUGGGCGGCGCCUUGAUGGGGGUGGAAGGUCAGUUUGGGCCUCAGUGUGAGGAGAUCAAGAUCCCCAUGUGCCAGAAGAUGCCCUACAACCUCACCCGCCUCCCCAACCUCCUCCACCACUCAUCACAGGAAAACGCACAGCUCGCUAUUGAGCAGUUCGAGCUGUUGGGAUGGACCAGGUGCUCGGACCAGCUGCAGUUCUUCCUGUGCUCCAUGUACGCGCCCAUCUGCACGCUGGGCUUCGUCAGUGAGGCCAUCCCGCCCUGCAGGAGUGUGUGUGAGGCCGCCAGACUGGGCUGUGAGCCGCUCCUCGCCAAGUUCAACAUUCCCUGGCCCACCAACCUGGACUGUGAGGCUCUUCCUCUGUACGACCAGGGCGUCUGCAUCACCCCCCAGGCCAUCAUCUCCUCAGAUGUGUCACCAAGCCCGGCCCGGGAGCAAGAGCCGUGCCAGUGCAGCAAGCCACGCCCACUGCGACAGCGGGUGUACGCAAGACAACAUUAUAAUUAUGUGCUGCGAGGGACGGUGAAGAGCGUGGAGACCUACGGUGACCUGACGCUGACGACGGUGGUGGUGAAGGAGGUGGUGGUGACAGGGCGGGUCCUGGUGCUGACUCCAGCUGACGCUCACCUCUGGACCAACAGGUCCUGCAUCUGCCCUCCACUCUCACUCAACCAAGACUACCUGCUCCUGGGGUGGGAGGACGCAGACAACAGCAGACUACUCUACCUGGAGGGAAGCAUCGCGCUGCCUUACAAGAGGAAGUACGUACUCAAGAUACAGAAAUGGGAAGCAGCCGCCAGCCCCAAGCCACCGCCGUUCGAGCCUCCCGUCUCGUCAACUGCCAUUCCACCUCUUCCACGGAUCCAAACGGGCAGAGGCAGAAGAAGGAAGGGGAAAAACAACCAGAGAAGAAAAAACCUAAAAAGACAGAGGAAGAUAAAGAACAAACGAAGGAGAAAACAAAAUAGAGAGGGAGGGACUCAGAGUUGAAGAAGAGAACUUCAGGUUAAGGAGGAGGAAGUAUAGUAUCUACCUGCUGCUGCUGUUGCUGAGACUGAGCUGUGCCAGGGGACCAGGUGGUCACCACUGGGGGCUUGUGGCUCGACCCAAUCACAGAGGAGGGAGGGGAGCCGAAGGGAGUAGUCAAGAAGGUCAAAGGAGGAGCAAGGUCUGGGCCCAAUGUAGUGGGGACUACAAAGUCCGGUCUUCCUACAUAGUCCGAGGGGCCUUAGUCGCCCACCCCACGAGCCCAAGAAGGUCAAGAGGAACAGUAUUGAACAUAAAAACGAGAGGAAAGACUUUCAUUUACGAAUGUGCCCCCACACCUACCACGGAGCCACAAUUAGAGGAUAGGACACCCAACAAGAG